AUGGACUCCAUGUUCGAGGACGACAUCAGCAUCCUGACUCAGGAGGCGCUGGGGCCGGAUGAGGACUGGCUCGACAGCCCCAACACCGACCUCUCGGGGGAGAUGUGCUCGGCCUCCCACUUCGCCCUCAUCACCGCCUACGACGACAUCAAGAACCGGCUGACGGGGCUGGAGAGGGAGAACUCCACCCUCAAGCGCCGGCUCAAGAUGUACGAGGUCAAGUACCCGCUGAUCGGGGAGUUUGGGGAGGAGCACAUCUUCUCCCUCUACGAGGCCAAGGAGACCUCGCUGCUCAAGAGCGAGAAGGCGUCGCUGCAGCAGCAGCUCAACCAGUUCCAGCAUGAG